GGUAGCGCGGGUAGAGCGGCACUAGCGGCAGUGGCUCUGCUGGCAGCAGCAACACGUAGUAGUAGACGGUAGCACCGCGACGAGGACGCACGCGUUUCUCUCUGUUCUAUAGAUAUCGCAUUCACGUUGCUGCGCUUCGGUGGCUAACGGCCGUAGACUCGCUCCGAGAGCAACCAGCAGUCGCCUCGCUUCGCUCGGUCCGGUGGCGCAGCCGCGUUACGCGUGCACAUUUUUUCCUAUCUCCGACCGCUACCAGAGCAUAGUCACCAACUACGGGACACGCUACUGUCACCGUUACCAACCACCCGCACCCCGUCAGCCGUCAACCGUCAACCGUCGACCGUCGACCGUCAGCCGUCAGCCUUGUCGACGCGCACCCGAAAUCUCGCCAGGACCGCUUAAAGCAGCAGUAAGCAACAGCCGCAGCAGCAGCUCGAUCUACCCCCGAGGAGGACCAACGAUCGUGGAACUCUCGUCUGUUACUCUCGAGACGGCGCCAGAAUGAAGCUGUGGUGGAGCCUGACGCUGUUGGCUGUCACCCUUUUGACGGUCAUCGUCACCGCCAAGGCGGAACCCGAUCUCUGGGAGGAGGACGACAAGGAGGUCCUCGUGCGAACCGUUCGCGGCACCAAAGAACGAGCAUCCGGCAACAACGCGUCGUGCAGAUACGUGAAGGGUCAAUGGUCGGAAUGCGACUCGAAAACCAACACACGGUCCCGCGAGCUGAACCUGAAGAAGGGCGACAAUUCCUGCGAGAAGAUCAAGACCAUCUCGAAGAAAUGCAAAAAAGCUGGGAGCGCAGCUUGCCGGUACGAGAAGGGCACGUGGAGCGGAUGCGUGAAUCAGCUGAUGACGAGAGUGGACAAUUUGAAGGCGAACAGCGAUGCUACCUGCGAGAAGGUGCGCCGGCUCACCAAGAGAUGUAAACAGGAGACAAACACCAAGAAGAGCGCUAAAAGUGAACGAUCGAACAAAAAGUCGGGAAAACAGUAAGCUUGGAGAGAGUCGUCGAUCGAUUGCACGAGGUGGUGUCCGGACGUUCUGUUUCGGCGACAGACAACGAAAACACGAUCUUGUCUUUUCGACGCGAAGCAACUCUACUUUUUCGACUAAAACAAAACCACGAAGAAAACAACAAGAAAAAAAAGAAAAAGGAAGAAUGAAACUACUGUCUAGCGCGAGCGGUGAAAGAGACGAACGGGCAACAGCGGACGACGGUUCGCUCGAUUCCGGAACGACGAAAACCUGUCGCGGUCGCGCGAUUCGAAGACGAGAUGAUUUUCCAAAAAAAGGCUGCCAGGACAACAAGGAAAAAGCGUGCGAUAUUUCCGGCAGAAAUAUUCCGGGAUUUCGGAGCGUCGUUCGUCGGUACACGGCCGAUCGUCGGUAAACUCGGGUAUCGAGUACCGAUUAUCGACCCGGCGCGUCGUUGGCAACAAAUUCUGGACCGACGACGCGCCGCGCCGAAUAACUGUAACCGAUAAUGCGCCUCUUAACCGUUGAAAUUGCUGCGUACCAAUUUCCGUAUGAACAUAGCGAAACCGUAUCCUCGACGCAGCGGCAUAGUCGUUAAUUAUCGAUUAUACUCCGCCCCCCCCUCUCCACCCUCUCGUAGUUACCGUGCAUUAUACCUAAAUAUCUGCUCGUUCGAAGGAUCAAUUCGAUCGAGUAACAAGUGUCUUUGGGCCCAAACGAGGGCCGGGCUACGGGCACGGCGUCGAGCACGAUUCUCUUAAAUACGAUAAAUAUAAAUACGGUCUAGGGAACACCGCUGUGUUCGAUCGUGUACCAUCGAUGUUUAACUAGGACCGAAUAGGACUUCAAAAAGAAAGAAAAAUAACAAAUAAAAAAAGAACGAGAAAUCGACGCGGAGACAGCGACUCCGUUCGAAUGCUAACCUCGAACCGUGUCCUGGUCCUUGGCUGCGCGCCGCGCCUCGAGCCUCGAGCCUCGAGUGUAUAUAUGCGAGCUAUACGAUACGAUACGAUACGACGAACAUUGACCCCGGUUGGUUGCAUUUGAAACGGUGAUUUGUUCAUUCUCUUUGCCCACUAUGCUACUGCCUCGACGAUGCGCACGAAAAAGAACCCCUAGUUUCAGGAAUGAACGCGAAACGACUGCCGUUGAGAUUCUGUACGAAAGAUAUUCUCGCUAGCAUCAAAUGUACAGCCGCGGAGAGGGGAUGAUUCGCGCAGCCGUUGCUUCGAGCCGUGGACGUUGUUCUCGGCUUCGAACGCUGCGGUCGAAAUGUGACCGUGGAACAGUUUUUCGUGCAGCGUCGCACCGGGAUUGAUCCGAUCAACGAUCGAGAGCGACGGCAUACGCGAACGUUCGUUCUCUCCCGACUGCAGAGACAUCGUCGAUAGCCCAUUCGUAUCUCCAGCGUUGUACGAUUUAUCGAUCGUAGGGUAGCGAUCCCCGAUUAGAAUACAAUACAUAGUGUUUUAUCUUUCUCUCGAGACGUCGACGGACGAAAAAGAAAAA